AUGGUGAAAUUAACGACGGAUGUCAUCGAGAGGAAGUGUUCUCAAAUAUUGACCGCCAAAUCGCUCAGUAAGACGAUGAAGAAGGAGGAACUGGGGAGAUUGACGCAUUUGUAUAUGAACGAUAUGUUUAUCAGCAGUAUCGGCAGCCUCGACGUUUGCAAAAGCUUGAAAGUGGUGUAUCUUCAGAGCAACAAUAUAUCGAAAAUCAAGAACCUGCAUCCCGCUCGCAACCUGACGCAUUUGUAUUUGCAACACAAUGUGAUCACGAAGAUGGAGAACUUGGAGUCACUGGAAAAUCUCGAGAAGCUCUAUCUAGGGUACAAUAACAUCGUCGUGGUGGAGGGUCUGGAGAACCUGAGGCAAUUGCGUGAGCUGCAUAUCGAGAGUCAAAGGAUACCGCCCGGUGAAUCGUUGUGCUUCGAGCCACGUAGUGCUUUUGCUUUAUCUAUGUGCUUAAAAGUCCUCGAUAUUUCGGACAACAAGAUGACAUCCUUAAGGGAUCUAACGAGCUUUCACGAAUUGAACAAGCUGAAGGCGAAAGAUAAUCUCUUCGAUAACAUAGACGACCUGACCACGGCGAUAAGCACGCUGACCUCUUUGAAGGACUUGUUCUUGCAGGGCAAUCCUGUCGUACAGUCCUACAGGUACAGGGAAAAUCUGAUCGCCAACAGCGUCUCGUUAGUUAAUCUGGACGGGAAAAUUGUAACCGACACUUGUCGGCGGUUCAUGACGAGAUUCAAGAUGGAGAAGCACCAUCGACGCACGAGGAGGACAACCAAGACACCGUUGGGAGACGACAUAACGAGUUCUCUGAACUUGCCACCAGCCUUCAAGAGGUCCAUUUCACGGGCGAUUUUUCAGCAUCCCGGGCCGCAAUUGUCCAUAAAGAUCGCACCCGAAUCGAUGGGCAAUCAACUGCAAGUGUUCCCACCGUGGAAAUCAGCGUCCGGCAUCAGAAGCGUCAAGGAUAAUCACGUGACACCGAGGCCGUUCUGGAGCAACGUACCUAAAAACAAGGAGACCCGAUUAACGCGCUCUCUCGUCAACAAUAAAACGAUCGCGUUGCCGCCCAUCUGAUGUCUCUUACCGUGAUUUCGUCCCGUGGAAAACGAAAGUGUCCCCCGUGGUGGGAGAGAAGUACGUUCAAUUGAGGAAUGAUACGCAACAGGCAGAGAUUUGAGUUACGAUAUACCAUUUUUAUAGAACUUUCUAGCGAUAAGGCUACAUUUGCAUUACUUUCGUAUUAUCCUACUUAAGAAUAGUUUCGCAAACGUAAGUAAAAUUAACUGCGGUGUAUGUAUAUUGAAUAAAAUUGUGAUAGUUACAGGCGGAGAUGUCAGUGUAGUAAAUCCGCGGUACAAAAAUCUCAGACGCAGUAAAAGUAUGAAUGAUCUUGCGUAAAUAGAUGUGUGUGGGUAUGUGUAUGUUUGUGUGUAUGCGUGAGUGAAAUAGAGCAAGAGAGAAGUUAGGUAACUCUAUAUAUUUUAUAUUAUAUAUAUGAUAAUACUUCUCUAAUAAAAACUGAACAACAGAAAUAUUAAAAUAUAAACUUAUGAGCUAUAUUUGUACGCUGCUUGAAGACCUGUACAUCGUAAACUUGCAUUUCGAAUGGCUGUGGACUGAUUUGCUAAAAUCCCACUUGGGGAGGGCGGGAUCGUGUUCUCUUGAAAACUCAACGUUAGAAUUGCACCCUUUAGUUUUACCGAUUUUAAAUUGCGUAAGCAUACGCGUAUUCUUCAAGCAGUCUCGUAACGUAAAGGUAUAAUGGUCUUAAAGAAGACGGAAUAAAUAACAAAAAAAUGAUACAUAUGACAUAUGAUAGUAAUCAUAAGUAUGGAAUGUUAGGUACAAUACAAACAUAAACGUUUUUCAUCAGCUUACAGAUAUGAGAAAAAUAUAAAUCAGAGUGCAUAUGCAGCUUAUACCGAGAUGUCACUCACUCAUACGAUCUCCCGACUGAUUUGUAUAUGUAAAAAAUGGAUGAUCGUUUUACUAGCAACGAUUAGGAAUCGUGUGAAAUCAUAUAGCAUCCCUUUGAACGCGUCCAGAGGUAUGAUCUUACGCUAGAAAGUAAUUGUUGUAAGAUGUAAUAAACUCAUAUAUAUUUUGUGGCACACAGGCAACCCACCACUCGGCGAUAUAUAUAUAACAGAGCAAGCGGCCAUUUUACAAAGUCAUUAUAAAACUUUCUACGUAAACGGGGCUGUGAUUAUCCUUUGUUCAAUAAAGCAAAGCACACAAGAUUAACGUAAGAUUAGCAUUUAAAAAUAAAAUAUGGAUAUAUCUUAAAUAAAAUGAUAUAAUAAACAACAUCUUAUUUGUAAACAUAGAAUAAAUAUUUUCUGCAAUCUGUAAACGCUAAUAAUAAAACAAAAGUAAUUGGGCAAGAGUACAAACUCGGAAAUAAAAAUCAUCUCUCCAAAUUAUACGAUUAAAAAUAUCGGAGAAAAGACCGUGCGGAAUAAUUUGCGUUUCAUAUAAAAAUGUAUAAAUGUAUAAAAAGUAAAAAAAUACGCAAGAAACUCCUCAUUUAGAAGCUUAAAUGCUGUAUAUAUUUCUUCCUUCUUUUUUUACGUUUUUUUAAUCGAAGUGUAUCUGUGCAAUGUAUUAACAGACGAAAUCUAAAAUACAUAUUAUUGGUUAUUGUUAAAAAAAAAAAAAAAAAAUAAAUGACACGUUAAAGAACAAAGGUAUAAGCAAGCCUUGUAGAAUGCGGUGUACACUCGUAUGCUAAUCUUUUUGUUUAGUCACUUGUACAAAUUAAACAAAGCUGCAGUAUUGAAAUAUAUCCGUUCCUUUUCUCA